AUUGCAGUGAAUGGCGAGCGCCUAUCUAACACACACAGUUCGCUCCGCUCGGCACUUUGGCCGAGCGCUGGAGUUGCAUUCGGCAUUGCUCGAAAAGACAGAGUCAGUUUCUUCCUUUAUUCCGCUGAUUUUGAUUGGUAAAAAAUUCCCGCGGUUGCUUCGUACAUCUUCGGUAAACAUCGGAAAUAUACAAGACGGAGUCUCACUUACCUUCAUGCGAGGGAAGGACCUAAUAUUCAGGUUAUGGCUGUCCGGCAGCUGAACACGAAGCUGUCUGUUGCUCUAAGGACUCAUAUAUACGGCGUGAAACAAGUCCACAAAAAUGGUCUGUCCCUUGUAUCUUCAUGUCUAUUGCAGUGUCCAGCCCUUCACAAGUCAUCCACAACGAGCAGCCAUUAUCAGAAACAACAGCUUCAGCAUGAGACCACUGCAACAGCAACAACAAAGCCGAUAUCAACAGCAAAGGCAGCAUCCACCGCGACAAAAAUUCACCUUGAGGACACUGAAUCAUCUCCAGAAGACUUUCACAAGCCUCAACCUGGACUCAAUGAGAGAGUAGAAAAGGCUAUACAGAGCACGGUGGACCAGGUUUCACCAUGCCCUAUUGAACCUAAAGAUGGGAAUAAAGUUGAGGUGACGGAGGUAGGGGCGGAAGAGGACGUGAGGUGGAGAGAGCAGACCGUCAAACUCUCAGAGCUACCUUCAAUUUAUAUGCAACUAUCCAAGAGCAGAUUGACUGGUCUUGUAGUUAUAUCUGCCUUAGCUGGCUAUGGCAUUGCCCCUGGUGUGUUUGAUGCUACAACGUGUGCAUUAAUGGGACUGGGGACGUUUCUAACCUCCUGCUCUGCAAAUACUAUUAACCAGUUUUGUGAAGUGCCAUAUGAUUCUCAAAUGGCGAGGACAAGAAAUCGUGUGCUAGUUAGAGGAUUGAUCAGCCCCCUCCAUGCGUUCACCUUUGCCUCUGUCGUGGGUAUCUCUGGUGUGGCUCUUCUGGCUACUGCAGUGAACCCGCUAGCAGCGGCUAUCGCAGGGUCAUCCUGGGCGCUCUAUGUCCUAGCCUACACGCCGAUGAAGCGUUACAGUAUAGUCAAUACGUGGAUUGGCGCUGUGGUCGGGGCCCUUCCUCCAGCCAUCGGUUGGGCUGCGUCAUGUGGUACACUGGGACCUGGUGCUCUGCUCAUGGCUGGCUAUCUUUACAGCUGGCAGUUUCCUCACUUCAACGCUCUCAGCUGGAACCUCCGCAGCGACUACUCCAGAGGUGGCUACCGCAUGAUGGCCACCACUGAUCCUGGCCUGUGCCGUAGGGUAGCCCUGAGGCACUGCUUCGGUUUGAUAGGUCUCUGUACCCUGGCACCCGUCUUUGACCUCACCACGUGGACCUUCGCCGUGGACUCGCUACCCCUGAACCUCUGGCUGACCUACCUGGGGUACAAGUUCUACAGGGACGCUGACAGCAAGUCGGCAAGACAGCUCUUCAAGUUUACGCUGCUGCAUUUGCCGCUCUUGAUGCUCCUGCUGCUGAUCAGCAAGAAGGAACUCCAUGAUUGGGACAAGAAUCCUGCCCUUCCCGAAGGCUUGCAUCAAGUGACGUGAUGAUGAUUGCCUGCUCUGCUGUCCUAGCGUCUCAGCAGGGCCAGUGAAUUGAUGAUGGCAUGAUCUUCAUCUAAACGUUUAUAUGGUGUGCCUUAAGCGGACGAAUCAUGUACCAUGGAUCUAAAGGUCAUGUUCCAACGGAGUGCAUUCAGGAACGUUCAGCAAUUUUUGUGUUUGAGAGUGGGAAGUGCAAACUGCAGGAUUGAAUCUCGGAGUACAGUUCUACUUCUCUAGCAAAUGACUGCGGGCUCCUGACAUGCCCUGAAGACCAUUUCAUGAAAGUUGUCAGCAACAACAAAUUGUCAUCGUCCGACAGUUACUGUAGUAACAGCCAGGUACGAGUUCCUCUCCGCCAAUCACAAUCAAAGGAAAGUUAGCAGAUCUGACAACUUGUCAGAUGUCAUAUGUGUUUAUAAAAUGUCUCCCUGGUGUUAAAUUAAAUUAACACAGAUGCACACUAAGGUAUGAACUAUUGAUUAUGAAUCUGUUCAGCACAUAUUGCAAUGUUGCAUUUUUUGCUGCAUAGACCUUUUUUUAAGUUUCCACAAAUUUCUCCUAGCCAUAUCUGCCCCUAAAGCUCUAGAACAGCCAAGUAUGUCAAUCUGAACCUGUUCAUAUUUGUCUAAAAGCUACAAAUAAACAUAGAUUGCCCUAUUUUCCCAUUCUUGUUAAACAAUCCAAGUUCUUUUGUAUUCACUCACACAUUUUGUGUGCAUAAGCGAAUCAUUAUUUUUUCAGAUUUUCUUCAUUAGCGUUGAAUAGGCUCACUUUGUCUAAACACUCCUUAUUUAUAUGCUGUAUAUUCCUCUUAAUUGUUUAUUUACAUUCACGGCAGAUUAAUUUUGAUCAGUGAAAGGCAAAAAGGAAUUCAAAUUUCAUUAGAAACAAACCUUGAUGCUUAAUUUAUUUGUGUUACCCCACCUAACCAAAGUUUGAUUGCUACCUCAUGGUUUUAAUGGGAAUCCACAAUGCCUUUAUUACCUGAUUUCUAGCAUAUAUAUUCAUCAUGCAGAAUUUUCAGUAAUAGUGUAUGUGUGGAUUGCCUUUUUUACUGGAAAUAUCUAUGCAUGUGGGCAUAUUUCGAACAAAAUCACUAAAUGGGGUUAGCGGUACCCAUGCCUCAACCUGUAAUUUUUUUUAAAAUCAAAGUAUCUGGUGCCGUACCUCAUUAAGUGUUUCUGGUACUCUGAUUUUCAGACUAGCUUCAGUAAAACGUUUGCAAAUAUUCCCAUUUUUCAAACUUUUUGAAUUGAUCCUGUUAAACACAUGCAUUAUACAGCAAAAAGGAUCCUCUUUUGUCAAAUAAGCCAAAAUAUGGCUGUGAAAAUCAAGAUUUUUUAAGCCAGUCUGUCAUCUUACCCUUCUGAAGUCUUUAUUAAUGCGAUAACUUUAAAUGAACUUAACCUAGGCACAUAUAAUUUGGUGUGUAUAAUACUAGUAUAGAUCCUACCAAUUCUAUUGAUUUUGAGGUCAGAAGGUCAAAGGUGAAGUCGCCACCUCCCACUUUUCUUUCUUGACAGUAACUCCAUUUUCCACGUUACAGAUGGGCGUAUUAUGUGCUCGCCUUAGCGACACUUAUUUGAUGUGUGCAAUAAAGAAAUAGAGAUUUGAUUUUCAUUUGAUAGUACAGUGUAAGAUAUUAAGAUAAGAUGUAGAAUUUUGAUAUUUUUUAUAUGAUUUAUAAAUCACAUUUUCUGCUGUGUCUACCCACCUGUGUGUGAAAAGGUACAAAUAUUUCUGAAAUGUUUUCAUUAAAAAAUUAAGAUUCUUAUCUUAACCCUAUAUAACCCUCAACGAAUCGCGCGAUAUUUUUUUUGACCGCGGCGCUCGCUGACUUUACUUUCAAGUCUUGCGCAAUUGAGACCAAUUUUGCGUCACCCGGGUACGUGGUUCCGAAAUUACGUAAGUGCACGUCAGACCAAAAUUGCUAAAAAAUGUGGUUUUGUGUACAAAGUCAAUGCAAGUUGUGUUUUCAACCGACAUUCAUAAAUGUAUGAUUAUUUUUAGUUUUGCUGGUCUAAACUUAUUGUAUGCAUUUUAUGAUCUCAGAACUUUUGGAGCUAGAGGAAAAGUAUUAUUUUGCAUGAAUAAGCAUUAUCACUUAAUAGCGAUUCGCAUGAAGUAAAUUACUAUACAAUUUUGUAGAUUAUGUCCUAGGCAACCCGCGCGAUCUAACCCCCCCCCCCCCCCCCCCCUGGCCAUAUGAACUCCCAAAAUAUUGUAUUGAGUGUGCCAGUCUUUAAAUCAUUUUGAACGUAAUUACAAUUACUCAGAAGAUGUAAAUAUUUAUCAAUAUCUUUUGAAAUAAAAAAUAUUGUUCUUGAUGGAGCAUAAUUCUGAAUUAUAUAACAUUGUCUUGUCUUUGUAUAAAAUGACUGUACAGAUUACUACAAAUUUAGCUUAUUCUGGAUUCGGUGCUUAAGUUCAUUAUACCCACAUAAUCAAUGAAGAAAGUACACAACUUAAUAGAC